CGGCCGACGACGACCAAGCAGUGUCGAAGUUGACGAUGCUCGAUGCACACGUUUCUGGCUGUCUGUCGCCGGCUCGCGAGACAGUCGCUAUACAAAAUACCGUAGACACCUUUCAAUGAAACGCAGCCCCCGCUGCCAUGACGUCAAGAUCCGACGCACCGCUGCUCUCGAGAGCCGACCACCGUGACGACGACUCGGACGGCGAGGCCGGCCCGCCGUACCCCGAUCACGGGCCCGCCGCCGCCGCCGACGAUUACGACGAUGACCACGACGCUCUGGCGCCCAAGCCGCCGGCCGAGCCGCCCAGCCUGUUCGUGUGGCUGCUCGUGGUCUCGGUCGGGCUGAGCGGGCUGCUCUUCGGCUACGACACGGGCGUGAUAUCGUCGACGCUGGUGACCGUCGAGGACUCGCUGUCGGGCCGCGAGCUGACGUCAUUGGACAAGUCGGUCAUCACGUCGUGCACCGCGCUGGCCGCCCUAUUAGUGUCGCCCUUCUCGUCGGCCCUGGCCGACGCGCUCGGCCGCAGGCGCGUCGUGCUGCUCGCCGACGCCCUCUUCGCCGCCGGCGCCCUGCUGCAGGCUCUCAGCCGCACCGUGGCCGCCAUGGUGGCGGGCCGCUCCGUCGUCGGCGCCGCCGUGGGCGCCGCCUCGCUCGUGGUGCCGCUCUACAUCGCCGAGACGGCGCCGGCGUCGCACCGGGGCCGCCUCGUCACCGUCAACGUGCUCUUUAUCACGCUCGGCCAGGUGGUCGCCUACGUCGUGGGGUGGGCCUUUGCCGAGCACUAUAGCGACAGGGGCUCGGGCUGGCGCUGGAUGGUCGGCCUCGGCGCCGCACCAGCCGUCGUCCAGGCGGUCCUGCUAAUAGGGAUGCCCGAGACGCCCCGGUGGCUGGUCCGGGCCGGUCGGUCCGACGAGGCGCUCGUCAUCAUACGGAAGACGGUCGGGGCCGGCCUGGGCUCCGGCGCAGCGGCCGACCGAAUCCUCAAGGACAUUCAAAUCGGGGUCCGCGAUGAGGCGGAGCUCAGAAGAAAGACAAGGCUCCGCGCCCGGGCAGGUCAUGUUGGCCCGUCUUUUGCUCCCCAGUGGUUAGAUACGGAUACGUGGAAAGAGCUGUUUCUUGUUGGCAGAAACAGACGGGCUCUCGCCAUCGCCUGUCUCCUUCAGGGCCUACAGCAGCUUUGUGGAUUUAACUCUUUGAUGUAUUUUUCAGCUACCAUCUUUACAAUGGUGGGGUUUGCCUCGCCGACGCUAACCUCGUUGACAGUAGCCGUGACAAACUUCGUCUCCACCGUCGCGGCGCUGUUUCUGGUGGAUCGAAUCGGGCGGCGACGCAUACUGCUCUGCUCACUUCCCUUCAUGAUCCUCGGGCUACUCCUUGCCGCGUAUGGCUUUUCCUUUAUCUCCAUAUUCCCAUCCAAGUCCUCACCGCCGCCGCCGGCACCACCAUCGGGACUGUCGCCGCAGGGUGCGGCCGUGGUAGUGCUAAUAAGCAUCAUGCUAUACGUGGGGUCGUACGCGAUAGGGCUCGGCAACGUGCCCUGGAUGCAGAGCGAGCUGUUCUCGCUGGGCGUGCGGUCCGCGGGGAGCGGAGUGGCUACGGGUACCAACUGGCUCGCCAACUUCAUCAUCGGGCUGACGUUCCUGCCGCUGAUGGACGUGCUCGGCCCCUCGUGGACUUUUAUCAUGUACGGGGCCAUCUGCACGCUCGGCCUGUUCCUGGUGUGGAAGAUGUACCCGGAGACGGCAGGGCUGAGCCUUGAAGAGGCCGCCAGUCUGUUGGAGCGCGACGGGUGGGGAGUUCGGUAAGAAGGCCGGCUCGGCGACGCGGAUGAUCAUCGAGCCCGCUGGUCUCGGCAAAGGCGCCAAGACUGCUGUUGAGCACGCAUUAGAGCCUACGUAGAUGUUGUGGCUACGCGGCCCGCUCUUUGCAGGUGGUGGUUAGAUUCUGGGCUAUGUAUGUAUGCAGAAUCAGAUGCGGGCCCGCUCACAAGAGGUUCACGGUAAAACGCGGGCCUUUGUGGAGCCAGGAAGGACAAAGAUUUAUUUUUUCAGGCGCGGCCUCGGGAUGCCAUCAAGAUCCAUCAGCC